AAUUGGGGAAUCCUGACAAGUGCCUGACUAAUUAACUGACAGAUGGAGCUGGGAGCUGACUGAUGGAGUAUAAAAGCAUCCUUUCCAGAGAUUGAGCAGCAGUAGUACACAGAAUGAAUCCCAAGAGCCAAGUCCUGGUUGCAGCCGUGCUUGUCCUGAUGCUGCUGGCUUGCGUGGAGUGUCAGUUGACCUUCUCGCCGGACUGGGGCAAGCGAUCGGUGGGUGGAGCUAAUGGUGGCUCAACAGCAUCCUUCUUCGAGCCUGUUCAUGGCAACUGCCGCACCUCCAAUGAGAUGCUCCUCGAGAUCUUUCACUUUGUGCAAUCGCAGGCUCAGCUCUUCCUUGACUGCAAGCACCGAGAGUAGAGAAGGACGAGGUCCUUCCAACUAGCACACCACACACACGCACACACAUACACAAUACCCAUAUAUUCUAAACUAUAUAUAUUAAUAUCUAUACAGCACGUUAUCAAGGUAGUCGUAGUCGGCAUUUAGAUUUAAUUGAAUUUUCGUUUUCCCAACAACAACAAGAACAACAAUAAAUAAGCGCAUCUGAAAAUGUAA